AGCUGACUGUCCUUUUGGAUGGGAAAGAAAAAAAGAAGAUAAACGAGAUCAGAAGAAGGAUGAAUAUGUUUGUAUAUUACCAAUUGAGAAACAAAUAUAUGCAGAGGAAAAUAAGUUUAAUUCAUUAAAUAAGGAAAAAUGUACAAAUAUAUUUUUAAAAAAAAAUUCCGAUGAAGUUACAAAAAGAGAAAUAGCGUCUGUUUGUAACACCCCUUGGCCAUGUUUAAAUAAUGAGAAGAUUUAUAUUUCCCAUAAUGUUGACCAUGAACAAAAAAAAGAAAAUGAAAAAUUAAAUGGGCCUCUUACAAAUGACGGGAUAAUAUAUAAAAAUGGGAAAUAUCAAAUUGUGGAGGAGGAAAAUUCUACUUUAUCUGACAUUAUGAAGUAG